AGAGUUGAACUGGAUCUGUGAGAAUGGUGUUUAGUAAGAACAUAGUAUGCACCUUUAACGUGUCAGAGGCUUAUACGGCUGGCGGCGCCAUAAAAAUUCUCAAAACUAUUGAAGCAAUACAUUUUAUUCUUGAAUACUUCACUGUACAAAGUAUGCAAAAACUAAAGUCACUGGUUUUAUCAGUGAUCCAAUUUUUAAUUUAACCCCACAUAGUAAUCUGCCCCACUCUCCACUGCCACAAGCGGCUUAUACCUUUCACCCAGAAACUGCUUUUUCUUCUUAUAAAAUGGAAAGCCAGCGCCACACUAUUCUUCCCUUCCACCAUCUUCAAUAGCCUUCACAACCAAGUAAGAAUUUUUUUUCAUUCUUUCUCUAUGCCCUUCACUUUUUCUAUUUAUAUAACUCCAAUACAUAUAAUUGCUUCAGAAACCCUAAAGUGUGAGCUCAAAGCUACAAAUGGGAAGGGGAAAGAUUGUGAUUGAAAGGAUCGACAAUUCCACCAGCCGGCAAGUGACUUUCUCAAAGAGGAGAAAGGGAUUGAUCAAGAAAGCCAAAGAACUUGCAAUCCUCUGUGAUGCACAAGUUGGCCUUCUCAUAUUCUCCAGCACGGGAAAGCUUUACGAGUAUGCCAGCACCAGCAUGAAAUCCAUAAUUGAGAGAUACAAUGCAUGCAAAGAAGAACAACACCAUCAGAUAAAUCCAGAAGCCGAAGUCAAGUUUUGGAAGAGGGAGGCAGAGAUUCUAAGGCAACAACUACAGAUUCUACAAGAAAACCAUCGGCAAAUGAUGGGAGAACAACUUUAUGGUCUGAGUGUCAGAAACCUACAAGAUCUAGAGAAUCAACUGGAAAUGAGCCUCCAAGGUGUCCGUAUGAAAAAGGAACAAAUUCUGAAGGAUGAAAUCCAAGAGCUGAACCGGAAGGGAAACCUUAUCUUCCAGGAAAAUGUGGAACUUUACAAGAAGGCCAUGAAGUGCAACAAUAGAAAGCACAGAUGCUUAACAAUGAGGCUUGAUGUCCCAGGUGUAUGGUACAACAGAUACAGCCACAACAAGCAGAAAUGCAUUUGUUCCACUUCCAUUUGGUAUGCAUGCAGGAGGGCCUCCACAAGAAUUAGUCCAACUUCAGUUAUGCCAGCCUGAACAAGAAGCUUAUGAGACAUCAGACACUGCCACAAAAUAAUGGUCAAGUCUAAAUUGGUCUAAUAUUUUAGUAAUGCUUCUGGAAAAAGAAAGCUAUAUAAAAUGAUAUGUGUAGCUCAAUAAUGAAUCACACAAGAAUUGAAGAGUUCUAGGCCUAGGGGAUGAAUGCUUCUUCUCACUUUACUUCCCUAAGAGAAUUCCAGCAGAGAACAAUGCACUCCCUGAUAUUGUAUUGGUUAUGUAAAAUCUAAUCAGUAAAAUGACAUUUGCUUGUAAAACUUCAUAUGAAAAAAAAAAAUCUAGAAUAA